CUUAGGGCGGGCCUUAAGUGGACAACUUGCGAGCCUCCGCCUGUCAUCCUCAAGCCGAUUGUUUGUUGUCAAAAUGGAGUUCUUACUGGGUAAUCCAUACAGCACUCCAGUGGGUCAAUGCAUAGAGAGGGCUACUGACGGAGGCCUACCGCAUGAAGACUGGGCCCUCAACAUGGAGAUCUGUGACAUCAUUAACGAGACAGAUGAGGGGCCAAAAGAUGCCAUACGAGCCCUGAAGAAACGACUUAGUGGCAACAAGAAUUACCGAGAAGUCAUGCUGGCCCUAACGGUUUUGGAGACGUGUGUGAAGAACUGCGGCCAUAGGUUUCACGCUCAGGUGGCGAAUAGAGAUUUUAUCGAUGGCGUUUUGGUCAAAAUCAUCUCGCCCAAAACAAAUCCUCCAACCAUCGUACAGGACAAAGUGCUGUCGCUCAUACAGGCCUGGGCUGAUGCAUUCCGGAGUAGUCCUGAUCUUACCGGGGUGGUCCACAUCUAUGAAGAACUGAAAAGGAAGGGCGUCGAGUUCCCCAUGGCAGACCUGGAUGCAUUGUCCCCCAUCCACACACCACAGCGGGGCACCCCAGAGGUGGACCCGGGGAUGAUCAAGUACCUCGCUCCUGCAGCCACCCCCACCAUCAUCACCACCACCACCUCUGCUUCUUCAUCUCCUAAACCUGCCACAAACUCAUCUGCCACUCACAUCUCUCCACAUGGUGCCAUCACAGCAACCCCCGAACAGAUCAGCAGGUUACGUAGCGAGUUGGACGUAGUGAGAGGGAACAUUAAAGUCUUGUCAGAGAUGCUCACAGAGAUGGUUCCCGGCCAGGAGGAUUCCUCCGAUCUAGAAUUGCUCCAGGAGCUGCACCGGACAUGCAGAGCUAUGCAGCAGAGAGUUGUGGAACUCAUCUCCCGUGUGUCUAACGAGGAAGUGACCGAGGAGCUUCUGCACAUCAACGACGACCUCAACAACAUAUUCCUCCGCUACGAGAGGUACGAGAGAUUCAGGUCGGGAAGGGGAGCUCAGAACAAAGGGAUGUUGACUGAGGCCACAGAUGACAACCUGAUAGACCUUGGUCCAGGCUCCCCUGCUGUGGUCUCACCCAAAAUCACGUCUAGUUCGCCCCCUCACAGUACUGCAGGGGGGGCCACUGCCUCCCCAGCCCAUCGCCCUGGUGCAGCCGCACUCUCCUCUGCAAUGGCAGGCCUUGAUGUGGGCUCUGCCAGUCUACCAAGCCACAAACAAGACGACUUUGACAUGUUUGCCCAGACUAGGAGCAGCUCUCUGGCUGAGCAGCGUAAGAAUGUCAAAUAUGAGGACCCUCAGGCUUUGGGCGGUCUGGCCUCGGCUCUGGACGUCAGACAGCAAAACGCAGGAGGGCUGAGGGUAAAAGGGGAUGAUAACCCAGCAGAUCAGGAGCUGCCCAUAGACAGCUGGCUUAUUACCCAAGGAAUGAUCCCUGUAUCGCAGUCCUCUGUCAUGGAUGACAUAGAGGAGUGGCUCUGUGCUGACGUGAAAGGUGAUGCUGCAGAUGAAGGUGUAACCAGUGAAGAGUUUGACAAGUUCCUAGAAGAGCGAGCAAAGGCGGGAGACUCAUCACCUCCCGGGGCUAGUCCCGCUCAUCCUGCCCACGCCCCCGUGGGAUCUCAGAAGAGGGCGGAACGGACAGAAGAUGCCCUCUUUGCCUUGUAGACCCCCCCCGUCUCAAUCACUCUCUUAGGAGGGGUCUUCUGAAGAUCCUCACCCUCAAUGAUUCCUCCUAAAAACGGUUGUAUUUCAUCAACUAAACAGAGGUCCACCGGUCGUAAGGUAAUACCAUUCGUGGAUGUAUUUAUCUGUUCAUGUGGGAUGUAGUGACGCUUUACAUCUCAUACAGCCUAGUGCUCCACCAAAGGAUCGACGGUUGAUGUAAAAUGCAGCAUCGCUGACACCAUCAUGGGCUAAUUACUAAUGUACGCAUUAAUCGUUUUAAUGGUUUAUUGGUACUAUGCACAGGUGUUGUGCUUAUGGUCAUGCAUUUUCAUUAUUUCCCCCUUCAAGUAUUUCCAGUAUUAUAUUCAAAGUAUUGCAAUGAUUUUAAUACUGAAAUAAGCUUGGAGUUUGACUAGAGACUGAAGUCAUCAAAUUAUAAGCAAUGUAUAAAUACGCUGAGUAUUUCCGCAAAACCUAUAACCAAAGGAAUUCUAAAUAAAAGGAGACAUAAUAUGCCCAUGGAGUACCCUUAGAUAUGUUUAGAAGAGUUACAUUUAACAGCUACAAGUAUUCCAAACAAACUUUUCGUCAUUCCCAACAAUAUUUAGGGCUAUCUUUCAAAAAGUACACUUAAUACGUUGCAGUGCGUUGACGCCUCUGCAUUUUGAAGCAAAAAAAAGUAUUGUUUGUGUUUAUAAGAUGCUUACUAUUUUUCUAGGGAAAGGGAAAUAUUCUUUAAAUACCUUGAUUUUGCACAGCACAUUUUGAAAUACUAGACUACGAUAUAGAGUAGCAAUGACAAGAAAUUCUAAAUGUAUUGAACAAUAUGCUAUUAUUCAAGCAUUGAAUAAACUACAUUCCCAGUGUAUUAUGUUAUCUAUAUACUUCAAAUUACAGAAAUGGGACUUUCUGUACUAAAAAAAAGUGAAUUGUAACAUCCUGAAAGAAGGGAGAUGUGUAUUAGACAAACUUUAUUGAUACACAACGGAAAUUGUUCAAAUUAUUACGUGUUCCUCCGUUUUUAAGAAAAUACAACAAAAUAUGUGUGUCGGGUUCAAACACUGAUGACAUCUAUUAAACAAGACAAGAAGCAAAGAAUCAAACCGAGACAUAAUUCAAUUUGGACUCAAUAUUGAGGAGAGUCGUCUUUACACUGUACCCUCGUACAGUAUCUUAGCACGCUCUGCCAAAAGUUUGCAUGCCUCAUUGUUUUAUUUUGGACCCUCCCCGACCACCUGGCCACCGCUGUUUCCAAAGGACAAAGGUUGCAAAAAACUUCACAGAAAAGGUCGUAAACAAUUCACAGAAAAGGUCAGCUCAAAAAGAGUUCGUAAAAUACUUCAAAAAGAGGUCCAUAAAGUAGUUCAAAAAGAGUUUGUCUGGAAAUUGGGCAGAUCCUGCUUUGAAGUCCUUGGUUUAGAACAGGGGUCACCAACCUUUUUGAAACCAAGAGCUACUUCUUGGGUACUGAUUAAUGCGAAGGGCUACCAGUUUGAUACACACUUAAAUAAAUUGCCAGAAAUAGCCAAUUUGCUCAAUAUACCUUUAACUCUAUGUUAUUAUUAAUAAUUAAUGAUAUUUACACUUAAUUGAACGGUUUAAAAGAGGAGAAAACACGAAAAAAAUGACAAUUACAUUUUGAAACAUAGUUUAUCUUCAAUUUCGACUCUUUAAAAUUCAAAAUUCAACCGAAAAAAAGAAGAGAAAAACUAGCUAAUUCGAAUCUUUUUUAAAAAAUUUAAAAAAUAAUUUAUGGAACAUCAUUAGUAAUUUUUCCUGAUUAAGGUUAAUUUUAUCAUUUUGAUGACAUGUUUUAAAUAGGUUAAAAUCCAAUCCACACUUUGUUAGAAUAUAUAACAAAUUGGACCAAGCUAUAUUUCUAACAAAGACAAAUCAUUAUUUCUUCUAGAUUUUCCAGAACAAAAAUUUUAAAAGAAAUUCAAAAGGCUUUGAAAUAAGAUUUAAAUUUGAUUCUACAGAUUUUCUAGAUUUGCCAGAAUAAUUUUUUUGAAUUUUAAUCAUAAUAAGUUUGAAGAAAUAUUUCACAAAUAUUCUUCGUCGAAAAAACAGAAGCUAAAAUGAAGAAUUAAAUUAAAAUGUAUUUAUUAUUCUUUACAAUAAAAAAAAAAUACUUGAACAUUGAUUUAAAUUGUCAGGAAAGAAGAGGAAGGAAUUUAAAAGGUAAAAAGGUAUAUGUGUUUAAAAAUCCUAAAAUCAUUUUUAAGGUUGUAUUUUUUCUCUAAAAUUGUCUUUCUGAAAGUUAUAAGAAGCAAAGUAAAAAAAUUAAUGAAUUUAUUUAAACAAGUGAAGACCAAGUCUUUAAAAUAUUUUCUUGGAUUUUCAAAUUCUAUUUGAGUUUUGUCUCUCUUAGAAUUAAAAAUGUCGAGCAAAGCGAGACCAGCUUGCUAGUAAAUAAAUAAAACUUAAAAAAUAGAGGCAGCUCAUUGGUAAGUGCUGCUAUUUGAGCUAUUUUUAGAACAGGCCAGCGGGCUACUCAUCUGGUCCUUACGGGCUACCUGGUGCCCGCGGGCACCGCGUUGGUGACCCCUGGUUUAGAACAAUAUCUUUCUGUUGAUUACCAUACAUGAAAGAAAACAGAAAACCCUUCAUGUGGCUUUCCCCCUUUACACAGUGGAGUUUUACAAGCCUUCUUCUUGGUAGGUUUCAAAGACAGCUUUUGGUCUUCUUGCUUGGAACUCAUUUCAACACAAAGUAUUUUGUGAUAACUUACAAACAAUUACUCUAACAAUGUGUACAUGCCAUUAUUUAAUGUUAUGAUGACUGAUUUCAAACAGAGCAGAUCCGACUGAAAAGAAUGUCUUGGAUAUUCCUCAGACCCAAAAAUUCAAUCCCGCUUGAAGUCCAGCCCUUUCGACCCUCUCUGGUUUCUUCUGAUUUUGCUUUUCAUGUGGAAAAUAUGUUCAUGAUUUUUGCAGCUUGAGACCAAAACGUGUAAAAACACUAAUUUGCCUACCUACAGUAAUAAGUAUCAGUAGAUGUAUUUAACUAAUGAAUUUUCAUUGAGCUUUAACUUGAGAGCAACUUAUAAUAUUAACAUGUUACUAUACAGGCUAAAGAAUAACUAAACGACAACUUCUGUUGUCUUAAUGUACGACAUUUCUGGACCGUAUAGUAACAGGCAUGUGUUGAUCGCAGCAUGGAGUUCCGUCAGUAAAUAUGCUUGAAAAAACAGACAAAGCAGAACAUUACAAACUGUUCAUGUUUGUGGACGUCCCGUUUCUGUUUGCUGCCAUUGCUGAUUGUCAGGUCUUUGUGACUUUAUGCACCUACAGUAUGUAUAACUGCCCAAUUAAAACACUAGCAAUGUGA